ACCGAGCGUCUUUUGGACGGAUCGUCUCUUGGACCUAUAAAUAUACACUCCGCGUGUCACUUUCUGAAUCACAUUUUCCUCUGCUUCUCUCUCCAUCAGCUUCACCUCUCUCCAUCUCCAUCAUCAUCAAUCCCUCGUUUCUGACAACUUAAAUCCAUGUCAAUGCCUCAACCUCCCGCCGGCCAUGUUCAAGCCAACCACCACCGCGCUGUGGAGUUGGAGGCCACUGCACCCAGCUCCGACAUCCCUAAGACCGAUCCCCUCCGUCAAUCCCUGCGAGACAGUGAUGUGCUCCAACCCCCUCUCACUCAGCUCCAUCGUUCUCAGGACACCUCUUCCUCAAUCCGUGACUGUGCUCAAGAAGACUACAGCCAGGGACCUGGGGCCAACGAUCCAAAUGGCACCGGCACUACCCAUCACGACAUGCCCGCAACUCAAAGUUCUACGACGAGGUCCUCCAGGAAGGGACUUCACGCUGCCAUAUUGUUUCUAAUAACUACCUUCAACUUGAAUACCAACACAAAAAGACAUCUAUAUUUGAUGAUCAUCCCACCAUUAUGGCAGUCAUUUUUGUCAGCCUAUGCCUCUAUGCUGUGGCCUCUAUGGCAGAAUUUAUACUUCAAAGUAGAGAGCCUCACCUUUCCAUGAUCAUGACCUUUGGUCCAACGUUCGGAUUUCUUGUGAUUGUGCUGCUUGUUUGGAUGUUAAUUCCAUUGUUGGGCAUCGUCGCAUCCAUCAUAUUGAGUCUCUUUACAAUGAAAACUGCAAUCACCUAGUUCCCAAUGACUGGCAGGCAUUCUCAAGUAUCAGACAAUACUUUGUCUCAGAACCAAAGUCAACCUUUGGACCAAAUAGUGUGAACUUGAUCAUACGUGCAAUCUGAAAUAGAAUAUACCAUUCUUCUUCCAAUUUCUUUCCUAAUCAUUAAUCAAUGAUUACGUUAUUUAUAGGAGGAAACAAUAUCUCACAUAUAUAUAUGGUCCAUGUAUCAAUUACCAUUCUUUUUGAA